AAAAAAAAAAAAAAAAGGGACUAGUGGAGGUAGUGGUGAAAGAAGAGAUAAUGAGAAACUGAUGGGUAUUGUAGUCAGAGGGUUAAUGUGGGCUAUGGUGGCAUGACCAUCUGGGAAUUAAUGGGGACAGUGAGCAAAGAGAGGGUACUAGUAAGCUGUUGUGGGUGUGAUCAUCCAGUGAUCUAUCAGUGAGGGCACAGUUGGGCAGUGAGGGGAGAAUGGGGAAUUGACGUGUGAUCAUCAGGGAGUAACAGGAGUAUGUGUUAAUGAAGGGGUUACAGGGUAGUGGAAUGGUCUGUGAGGGGUCAGUUGGAGGGCUGAGUUAAUGAGGGCUGAUAAAUCAGUGAUUGAGUGUUUAUGGGGAGCUAAAAGGACAUGAUCCUCUGGGCAUUAACAGGGGCUGAUAAGUACAUAUUAAUAAUAAAGGAAUUACUGGGUACCUGAUCAUUUGAGGGAUUAAUUGGGAAUGGGGGGGACAGAGAGAUCAAGGGGAUGGGAAGUGCAGUGAGGUAGCAUUAGGAUAAUGGAGAUGAAAAGAGAUUAGUUGGGGACUAAUAGGGCUAUAUGAAUCUAGGGGCAAUGGUGACAACUGGGGAGAUGUCACUGACAUGUAAAUAGGGAUGAGGUGGGCAGGAAAGGGUUGAUAGUGGGAGUUACAGGGUUUAAUGUGUAGAGUGUGGUUGACAGUGAUGGGAAGUACACAGGGUCACUGAUUGGUCAUCUGUGGGAUAAGUGUUGGGUUUGUGGGGUCUUUAGUGGAAGCUAUGAGGUAAGUGAUGGAGGAAGCGGGAUCUGUGUGAUGAGCAACGGAGCCUGAGAGCUCAGUGAUAGGGUCCUCUGGGCCCUAUAAAGUCAGUCGGGUCAGUGCCAGGACUUCAGUUGGCUCAUCUGCUGAGCAAACCAUCACAUGGGUCAGAUGAGCCCAGUUUGGUUUGUGUGGUUCUCUCCACCCUGCAGAGGUAGGUGGUAGGUAGCCCAUUUAGCUGGUUACUGAUACUGGGUGGCGUCAGCUGACUGUCAGCAGGUCCUUGGGCAAACUGUGUGUGAGAUGGGAUGGACAUCAAAGGACAAGCAGGAUGUCUACUACCGCCUGGCCAAGGAGAAUGGCUGGCGUGCCCACAGCACCUUCAAGCUAGUACAACUUGAUGAAGAAUUCCAGCUCUUCCAAGGUCCCUAAAUGGCAGGUGUGACACGGGCAGUUGACUUGUGUGCAGCCCCGGGCAGCUGGAGCCAGGUGCUGAGCCAGAAGAUUGGGGGCCAGGGGUCUGGCCACGUGGUGACUAUGGACCUGCAGGCUAUGGCUCCACUACCAGUUGUGUUACAGAUCCAGGGAGAUAGCACCCAGCUCUCCACUGCCAAGGAGAUCAUCCAGCACUUUGAGGGCUGCCCUGUGGACCUAGUAGUGUGCGACGGGGCUCCUGAUGUAACUGGCCUCCAUGAUGUCGAUGAGUAUAUGCAGGCCCAGCUUCUCCUAGCCCUAGAGGAUAACUCAAAGUACAAGUAUAUCCCACAACACAGCUCCCCAUCUCGCCACCAUACCAGGAGGCUUGCACGUUGAUGAAGAGGGGUAGCCGGCCACGGAGAUCCACCCCCAGGACUGCCCCAUCAACAGAGUAGACACCUAGCCCCAGCCCCUGGCCACCCCUCAGCCCCACACCCUGCUGGCUCAUGAGGUCUGGAAACAUGGCUUUGAGCUCACAUUUUUUUUUUUUU